UGCGUAUUUUUUAGUGACAGAGGAGGAACGGAUUUCGGAGAGUUCGAUUCGUUGUCGAGCCUUCAAAAUGGCUACCAACGAUAGUAAAGCUCCGUUGAGGACAGUUAAAAGAGUGCAAUUUGGAAUACUUAGUCCAGAUGAAAUUAGACGAAUGUCAGUCACAGAAGGGGGCAUCCGCUUCCCAGAAACCAUGGAAGCAGGCCGCCCCAAACUAUGCGGUCUUAUGGACCCCAGACAAGGUGUCAUAGACAGAAGCUCAAGAUGCCAGACAUGUGCCGGAAAUAUGACAGAAUGUCCUGGACAUUUCGGACAUAUCGAGCUGGCAAAACCAGUUUUCCACGUAGGAUUCGUAACAAAAACAAUAAAGAUCUUGAGAUGCGUUUGCUUCUUUUGCAGUAAAUUAUUAGUCAGUCCAAAUAAUCCGAAAAUUAAAGAAGUUGUAAUGAAAUCAAAGGGACAGCCACGUAAAAGAUUAGCUUUCGUUUAUGAUCUGUGUAAAGGUAAAAAUAUUUGUGAAGGUGGAGAUGAAAUGGAUGUGGGUAAAGAAAGCGAAGAUCCCAAUAAAAAAGCAGGCCAUGGUGGUUGUGGUCGAUAUCAACCAAAUAUCAGACGUGCCGGUUUAGAUUUAACAGCAGAAUGGAAACACGUCAAUGAAGACACACAAGAAAAGAAAAUCGCACUAUCUGCCGAACGUGUCUGGGAAAUCCUAAAACAUAUCACAGAUGAAGAAUGUUUCAUUCUUGGUAUGGAUCCCAAAUUUGCUAGACCAGAUUGGAUGAUAGUAACGGUACUUCCUGUUCCUCCCCUAGCAGUACGACCUGCUGUAGUUAUGCACGGAUCUGCAAGGAAUCAGGAUGAUAUCACUCACAAAUUGGCCGACAUUAUCAAGGCGAAUAACGAAUUACAGAAGAACGAGUCUGCAGGUGCAGCCGCUCAUAUAAUCACAGAAAAUAUUAAGAUGUUGCAAUUUCACGUCGCCACUUUAGUUGACAACGAUAUGCCGGGAAUGCCGAGAGCAAUGCAAAAAUCUGGAAAACCCCUAAAAGCUAUCAAAGCUCGGCUGAAAGGUAAAGAAGGAAGGAUUCGAGGUAACCUUAUGGGAAAGCGUGUGGACUUUUCUGCACGUACUGUCAUCACACCAGAUCCCAAUUUACGUAUCGACCAAGUAGGAGUGCCUAGAAGUAUUGCUCAAAACAUGACGUUUCCAGAAAUCGUCACACCUUUCAAUUUUGACAAAAUGUUGGAAUUGGUACAGAGAGGUAAUUCUCAGUAUCCAGGAGCUAAGUAUAUCAUCAGAGACAAUGGAGAGAGGAUUGAUUUACGUUUCCACCCAAAACCGUCAGAUUUACAUUUGCAGUGUGGUUAUAAGGUAGAAAGACACAUCAGAGACGGCGAUCUAGUAAUCUUCAACCGUCAACCAACCCUCCACAAGAUGAGUAUGAUGGGCCACAGAGUCAAAGUCUUACCCUGGUCGACGUUCCGUAUGAAUCUCUCGUGCACCUCUCCCUACAACGCCGAUUUUGACGGCGACGAAAUGAACCUCCAUGUGCCCCAAAGUAUGGAAACUCGAGCUGAAGUCGAAAACCUCCACAUCACUCCCAGGCAAAUCAUUACUCCGCAAGCUAACCAACCCGUAAUGGGUAUUGUACAAGAUACGUUGACAGCUGUUAGGAAGAUGACAAAAAGGGAUGUAUUCAUCGAGAAGGAACAAAUGAUGAAUAUAUUGAUGUUCUUGCCAAUUUGGGAUGGUAAAAUGCCCCGUCCAGCCAUCCUCAAACCCAAACCGUUGUGGACAGGAAAACAGAUAUUUUCCCUGAUCAUUCCUGGUAAUGUAAAUAUGAUACGUACCCAUUCUACGCAUCCAGACGACGAGGACGACGGUCCCUAUAAAUGGAUAUCGCCAGGAGAUACGAAAGUUAUGGUAGAACAUGGAGAAUUGGUCAUGGGUAUAUUGUGUAAGAAGAGUCUUGGAACAUCAGCAGGUUCCCUGCUGCAUAUUUGUAUGUUGGAAUUAGGACACGAAGUGUGUGGUAGAUUUUAUGGUAACAUUCAAACUGUAAUCAACAACUGGUUGUUGUUAGAAGGUCACAGCAUCGGUAUUGGAGACACCAUUGCCGAUCCUCAGACUUACACAGAAAUUCAGAGAGCCAUCAGGAAAGCCAAAGAAGAUGUAAUAGAAGUCAUCCAGAAAGCCCACAACAUGGAACUGGAACCGACUCCCGGUAAUACGUUGCGUCAGACUUUCGAAAAUCAAGUAAACAGAAUUCUAAACGACGCUCGUGACAAAACUGGUGGUUCCGCUAAGAAAUCUUUGACUGAAUACAAUAACCUAAAGGCUAUGGUCGUAUCGGGAUCCAAGGGAUCCAACAUUAAUAUUUCCCAGGUUAUUGCUUGCGUGGGUCAACAGAACGUAGAAGGUAAACGUAUUCCAUUUGGCUUCAGAAAACGCACGUUGCCGCACUUCAUCAAGGACGAUUACGGUCCUGAAUCCAGAGGUUUCGUAGAAAAUUCGUAUCUUGCCGGUCUCACUCCUUCGGAGUUCUAUUUCCACGCUAUGGGAGGUCGUGAAGGUCUUAUCGAUACUGCUGUAAAAACUGCCGAAACUGGUUACAUCCAGCGUCGUCUGAUCAAGGCUAUGGAGAGUGUAAUGGUACACUACGACGGCACCGUAAGAAAUUCUGUAGGACAACUUAUCCAGUUGAGAUACGGCGAGGACGGACUCUGUGGAGAGAUGGUAGAAUUUCAAUAUUUAGCAACGGUCAAAUUAAGUAACAAAGCGUUCGAGAGAAAAUUCAGAUUUGAUCCGAGUAAUGAAAGGUAUUUGAGAAGAGUUUUCAAUGAAGAAGUUAUCAAGCAACUGAUGGGUUCAGGGGAAGUCAUUUCCGAACUUGAGAGAGAAUGGGAACAACUCCAGAAAGACAGAGAAGCCUUAAGACAAAUCUUCCCUAGCGGAGAAUCCAAAGUAGUACUCCCCUGUAAUUUACAACGUAUGAUCUGGAACGUACAAAAAAUUUUCCACAUAAACAAACGAGCCCCGACAGACCUGUCCCCGUUAAGAGUUAUCCAAGGCGUUCGAGAAUUACUCAGGAAAUGUGUCAUCGUAGCUGGCGAGGAUCGUCUGUCCAAACAAGCCAACGAAAACGCAACGUUACUCUUCCAGUGUCUAGUCAGAUCGACCCUCUGCACCAAAUGCGUUUCUGAAGAAUUCAGGCUCAGCACCGAAGCCUUCGAGUGGUUGAUAGGAGAAAUCGAGACGAGGUUCCAACAAGCCCAAGCCAAUCCUGGAGAAAUGGUGGGCGCUCUGGCCGCGCAGUCACUGGGAGAACCCGCUACUCAGAUGACACUGAACACUUUCCAUUUUGCUGGUGUAUCCUCAAAGAACGUAACCCUGGGUGUACCUAGAUUAAAGGAAAUUAUUAAUAUUUCCAAGAAACCCAAGGCUCCAUCUCUAACCGUGUUUUUAACUGGUGCGGCUGCUAGAGAUGCGGAAAAAGCGAAGAAUGUGUUAUGCAGACUUGAACACACCACUCUUCGUAAAGUAACCGCCAACACCGCCAUCUAUUACGAUCCUGACCCACAAAAUACCGUCAUUCCUGAGGAUCAGGAGUUCGUUAACGUCUACUAUGAAAUGCCCGAUUUCGAUCCUACCCGUAUAUCGCCGUGGUUGCUUCGUAUCGAACUGGACAGAAAGAGAAUGACAGAUAAGAAACUAACUAUGGAACAAAUUGCUGAAAAGAUCAACGCUGGGUUCGGGGACGAUUUGAAUUGUAUUUUCAACGACGACAAUGCUGAAAAGUUGGUGUUGCGUAUCAGAAUCAUGAACAGCGACGAUGGAAAAUUCGGAGAAGGUGCUGAUGAGGACGUAGACAAAAUGGAUGACGACAUGUUUUUGAGAUGCAUUGAAGCGAACAUGCUCAGUGAUAUGACCUUGCAAGGUAUAGAAGCGAUUUCCAAGGUAUACAUGCACUUGCCACAGACUGACUCGAAAAAAAGGAUCGUCAUCACCGAAACAGGCGAAUUCAAGGCCAUCGCAGAAUGGCUAUUGGAAACUGACGGUACCAGCAUGAUGAAAGUACUGUCAGAAAGAGACGUCGAUCCGGUCAGAACGUUUUCUAACGACAUUUGUGAAAUAUUUUCGGUACUUGGUAUCGAGGCUGUGCGUAAGUCUGUAGAGAAGGAAAUGAACGCUGUCCUUUCGUUCUACGGUCUGUAUGUAAACUAUCGCCAUCUUGCCUUGCUUUGUGACGUAAUGACAGCCAAAGGUCACUUGAUGGCCAUCACCCGUCACGGUAUCAACAGACAAGACACUGGAGCUCUGAUGAGAUGUUCCUUCGAGGAAACUGUAGACGUAUUGAUGGACGCUGCCAGUCAUGCGGAGGUCGACCCAAUGAGAGGAGUAUCUGAAAACAUUAUCCUUGGUCAACUACCAAGAAUGGGCACAGGCUGCUUCGAUCUUUUGCUGGACGCCGAAAAAUGUAAAAUGGGAAUUGCCAUACCUCAAGCGCACAGCAGCGAUCUAAUGGCUUCAGGAAUGUUCUUUGGAUUAGCUGCUACACCCAGCAGUAUGAGUCCAGGUGGUGCUAUGACCCCAUGGAAUCAAGCAGCUACACCAUACGUUGGCAGUAUCUGGUCUCCACAGAAUUUAAUGGGCAGUGGAAUGACACCAGGUGGUGCCGCUUUCUCCCCAUCAGCUGCGUCAGAUGCAUCAGGAAUGUCACCAGCUUAUGGCGGUUGGUCACCGACACCACAAUCUCCUGCAAUGUCGCCAUAUAUGGCUUCUCCACACGGCCAAUCGCCUUCCUACAGUCCAUCAAGUCCAGCGUUCCAACCUACUUCACCAUCCAUGACGCCGACCUCUCCUGGAUAUUCUCCCAGUUCUCCUGGUUAUUCACCUACCAGUCUCAAUUACAGUCCAACGAGUCCUAGUUAUUCACCCACUUCUCAGAGCUACUCCCCAACCUCACCUAGUUACUCACCGACUUCUCCAAAUUAUUCACCUACUUCCCCAAGCUACAGUCCAACAUCCCCUAACUAUUCACCAACAUCUCCCAACUAUUCACCCACUUCACCUAGUUAUCCUUCAACUUCGCCAGGUUACAGCCCCACUUCCCGCAGCUACUCGCCCACAUCUCCAAGUUACUCAGGAACUUCGCCCUCUUAUUCACCAACUUCGCCAAGUUACUCCCCUACUUCUCCUAGUUAUUCGCCGUCGUCUCCUAAUUACUCUCCCACUUCUCCAAAUUACAGUCCCACUUCUCCUAAUUACUCACCGUCCUCUCCUAGGUACACGCCCGGCUCUCCUAGUUUUUCCCCAAGUUCGAACAGUUACUCUCCCACAUCUCCUCAAUAUUCUCCAACAUCUCCAAGUUAUUCGCCUUCUUCGCCCAAAUAUUCACCAACUUCCCCCAAUUAUUCGCCAACAUCUCCAUCAUUUUCUGGAGGAAGUCCACAAUAUUCACCCACAUCACCGAAAUACUCUCCAACCUCGCCCAAUUACACUCUGUCGAGUCCGCAGCACACUCCAACAGGUAGCAGUCGAUAUUCACCGUCAACUUCGAGUUAUUCUCCUAAUUCGCCCAAUUAUUCACCGACGUCUCCACAAUACUCCAUCCACAGUACAAAAUAUUCCCCUGCAAGUCCUACAUUCACACCCACCAGUCCUAGUUUCUCUCCCGCUUCACCCGCAUAUUCGCCUCAACCUAUGUAUUCACCUUCUUCUCCUAAUUAUUCUCCCACUAGUCCCAGUCAAGACACUGACUAAAUAUAAUCAUAAGAUUGUAGUGGUUAGUUGUAUUUUAUACAUAGAUUUUAAUUCAGAAUUUAAUAUUAUUUUUUACUAUUUACCAGGGACAUUUUUAAAGUUGUAAAAACACUUACAUUUGUUCCAACGGAUUUUUGCACAAACGUAACGAAGUUAAAUCAAAACAUUACAACUGAAACAUACGUCGGUAUGUACUGUCAAUGUGAUCAUUAGGAAAUGGCUAUUAUCCCGGAGGACGUAUUUUAUAAAGUUAUUUUAUUGAAGUGUUUGAUCUUUUUUCACUAUUGAGGAGAUUUAUGGACUCAACAUUAAACAGCUUGAACAUCAUACCGACUACUACUAAUAUAAAGAUAAAUAUAGAACGGUAAGAAAUAGAUUAAAAAAAACAAUAAGUUAAACAGUAAUCUUAAAAAUAAACACAUAAGUUUCCGUUCCGACAGAACUAUAGCCAGAUUCUUGUAGUAUAAUGAAAAUUUGUAGGUUAAAAAUAUUACUUGUCACAUUAGCUUAAAAAUAAAUAAUUACCGGAAGUAAUCAAAUAAGAGAGCAACAGUUAGUCGUUCUAACAAUUAGGUUUGAAAAUAAAAAUUAUAAUGAAAUAUACAAAGACUAAAAGUUUAAAUAAUAUGAAAACCAUUUUUAACCCUCCGUUAGUCGCUAUCGGUGUCACACACCGACGACAGAAUUAUUCAUUCGGGAUUUACAAAAUAACUGUUUUUUUUUCUAUCGCCACUUUCUGUACCUCUUCCUAUCAACUAACCUCGUGUUAGGUUAGUAUACAUUCUUACCUACUUGGGUACAGUUGUGCGAGUUUUAUAGCUAUUUUCGGUGCAAGACUCCGUAGCGACUAACGGUGUGGUUAUUACUUUAUUGGCAUAACUUGCAGUUCAGGUAAAGAUUUAGCAUCUUAUUGUUGCAUUUUAUCGGUAAGUUUUGGUCAAAUCUUAUUUAUAGAUGUCCUUUGAAGCCGAACAAAAACGUUUGUUGGAAUUAUGGGAAAUAGCGAAUAAUUUUAUAUUACAAAUAACAAUCCUAUACACAAUAUAAAACAUUUGUAUGAAUUUUUUAGCAAUAACUAUUUUUUUAAGUUGUCGGUCUCUGACACUGUAGCGACUCUUGAUGUUUAUCCUAGCGACUAACGGAGGGUUAAACACAUCAAAUGCGCCAAGUCAGUGAAAAUGAUGAACGUCAAAAUUCUUAGCAAAGACAUGACGUAUCGCUUAUCUUUGUUUAACGUACUGUUUCUAUGGACAAGUGGCUUAAUUUUGCGAUACUAGUUUCUGUAAUUAAAAACGGAUAAAAAGUAAUUCGUGAAUAAAUUUAAUGCAUGUGCAAUGAUCCGUUGGAACCGAUGUACUUAUUGUAGAUGAUCCUAGUUGUAUCUUUUAUAUUGCAAGGAGUGGAAAAAUAAAAAAAACCUGUAGAGGAUUUUUGAUCGACUGCAAACUGUGGGGCAUUUUGAAUGCUACAGAUAUAAAAAAAUAAUGUAUAGUUUAUUAAUAUUUUUAUUAUGUAAAUGUUCGUUAUUUAUAAAUAAAUAUGGAAAAACCAA